AUGGAAAAACUUCCUUAAAAUUUUAAAGUUCCUAAUGCAGAAGAGAGGAAAAGAGCUCUGGGAUCAAUGGGUGGAACAAAUUUCAAAGUAAAAAAGGCGUUGGAAAAUGUAGAUGACUACUGGGUCCCCAUUAAUCCACCUGGUCCAUCUGACUGGCUUGCAAAUGAAUACGAAUCAGGCUAGACUUUUGAGGAGUUCAAAGUUAACAAAAACGCUAUAGUAGAGAAAGGAAAAUCAGAUACUAUUUGCAUUUUACCUCUUGAUAAGCAAAUGUCAAAAAGCUUUCUUAAGAAUCUAGUGAAAAUGUGUGAAGCAUUUUUUUAUAGUUGUAGAAUAAAGCUUUUGCCAAGUGUGGAUAUUAAUACAAUUGAAAAAAUAGAGACCAGACAGUUCCCUGGUGAUUAAUAUGCACCUGAUACACCAGGAUUGAUUUAAUAUAAUGCCUCAAAAAUAUUAAGUUGGCUGUUCAGAGUGUACAAACCUUAAAACCCAAGGGCAAUUUGUAUUAUUGCUGUCACAACUUAAGACAUAUACCCUGAAGAAAAUUUUUCAUUCGUAUUUGGUUUGGCAAAUGUAAUGACUCAAGCAGGAAUAUUUAGUUUCCUAAGAUAUGAUCCAGGAUUUAAUGGUGAUGAAUUGAAUGAGGGGGAUGAUGGCUAAAAUCUUAUGCUAUACAGAGCAUGUAAAGUUAUGACUCAUGAGAUUGGGCACAUGUUUGGUAUUAGACAUUGCACAUUUCAUGAAUGCUGUAUGAAUGGAAGCAAUCAUAUUUAAGAAUGCUAAAGUAGACCUCUCUACUAUUGUGUGAUUUGCUUCAGAAAGCUUUAAUAUGCCAUUGGAUUUGAUGUUUAAGAGAGAUAUCAGGCUCUUGCCAAAGUAUGCUAGGAAUUCGGUGGAUUAUUUGAUUAGGAUGGCUAAUGGUUCUAACGUAGAUAUGAUGAUUUGUUAGCUAAGUUUGGUAAGUUACAGUCUAAAAUGCCUGAUAAAAAGGUAAAAUAAUGA